AUGUAUUAUGUGACAGUUGCUAAAAAGUAUUACCAACCAGAUGAAAUCUUUUACUUUUUCAAGAUCUCGUGCCACUUAAAAACACAGGAGCUCUGGAACGUUGUUAGACAAGAGAAAGCUUUUCUGAAAAAGUCUCUGUGUGGCCUGAUCGUUCCACUCAGCCAGUUACUCAGUGAUCUCGACAGGGACUUUUGGAAUAACAAUGACAGCAGCACUGUGCAGCAGCGCUGGAGCUCCUACCCACCCAAGGAGUUCCUCCUCAACAUGUCCCCUUACGCCCCCUACGGAGACCCUCGCCUCACGCCCAAUCGCAGUGACAGCUGCAUAGGUGCAGGGACCAGCAAGUCCGGCAGGUGGCAAACUGUCCAGAGCCACCUGCACUCCGGCAGCUUAAGACCCGACAAUUUUGGGGACCCCUCUCUUUCCACCACCUCCACCUUGGAGCAUAUCCCGUCCUCAGCAGCCCGCCCCAGGCCCCUGGUCAGGCAGCAAAGCCUCCAGCAGCCCCUAACCCACCAGCCCCCGCCAGGCCCCAACGACCCCCCAGCCACCUCCCAGAGUCUGGGCCAACUGCACACUGGGCCCGGGGGUGGGGGCCACCGGGGGGGACCCCGGGGGGUGCGUGGUAGCCCGGCUGGGGCAGGGGCGUCCCGCUACAGGUCGGGUGGAGGGGCGCAAUCACGUUCCAAUCCUGGAAGCUGGGACCACACGAUGGGACAGAUCCGGAACAGAGGCAUGGAUGUCAAGUCGUUCCUAGAGGGAAAGAUGGUCGUACUGUCCCUCGCGAUCGGAUUGGUCGAACAAGAUGACUUCGCCAACCUUCCAGAUCUACAGGAGGCACCAGCUGACAAGGAAACACCUCCCACCGACAAAAGAUCUAAUAAACCCGGCAGCAGCCCUAAAGGUCAGACCCCAGACGAGAGCAGCCGCCGAACAGACGCUAACUCCUCCGUCUCAGACCUGGCCAACUCCGUCACCAGUGAUAUGCUGAUGUUGUCCCCAGGCUCUGAGGAAGAGGAACAUGAAGGACCCGUGUGCGAGAAGCUGGGACGCAUCCAGUUCAGUGUGGGAUACAGUUUUCAGGACUCCACACUGACCGUAAAAAUCCUGAAGGGUCAGGAUCUACCUGCGAAAGACUUCUCCGGCACUUCAGAUCCAUUCGUCAAACUCUACCUUCUGCCAGACAAGAAGCACAAACUUGAGACCAAGGUCAAAAGAAAGAACCUCAACCCUCACUGGAACGAGACAUUCCUGUUUGAAGGGUUCCCGUUUGAGAAGGUGGUGCAGCGCACACUGUACCUGCAAGUGCUAGAUUAUGACCGUUUUAGCAGGAAUGACCCUAUAGGAGAGGUGUCCAUCCCCCUGAACAAGAUCGAUCUGGCCCACAUGCAGACCUUCUGGAAAGAGCUGAAACCCUGCAGUGACGGCAGUGGGAGUCGAGGAGACCUGCUCGUGACUCUGUGUUACAAUCCCACUGCCAACACCAUCACUGUGAGCAUCAUCAAGGCACGCAAUCUCAAAGCCAUGGACAUCGGGGGAACGUCCGACCCCUACGUCAAAGUGUGGCUGAUGAACAAAGAUAAACGAGUAGAGAAGAAGAAGACGGUGGUGAUGAAGAGGUGUUUGAACCCUGUCUUUAAUGAGUCCUUCCCCUUUGAUGUCCCCACUCACGUCCUCAGAGAGACCACCAUCAUCAUCACAGUCAUGGAUAAGGACAGACUGAGUCGCAAUGAUGUCAUAGGCAAGGUGUGA